CUAUGUCCAUUAAUAAUAGAGGUUUAUCGAAGGAAUUCUAAGAGCGCAUUAUUAAUGACUUAGGUAUAGUGGAAUGCAGUGAUUUUCAUGAUGGCACUUGUUUGUAUGCCUCCUUUAUAAGGCUGCUUUAAUUGAUACCCAAAUCAUACAAAUACUAUAUUCCCAUCCAUCUAAUUCCCUUCCUCAUUUUCAAAAGAAAGAGAGUGAUGCAGAGGUAGCUAUCCCUAAAUUUAUUUAAGACCCUUGAAAACUAUUUCAGUGGCAUUUUAUAAUUAUGCCAAAUCAGUUUUAUUUGUCUCUCUGUAUGUAGCUAUUUGCAAAUAUGCUUUAUGUAAGCUUAAAAACAUUCGACAUAAAGUAGAUGGUAAAUUAUCUAUAUGAUCUUUAGGUUGGAAUCCUGCCCUUGCAGCAUCAGCUGCUUGUUCAGCACUUUUCUUAGAAUCUGAAGGCAGAAGAUAGGAAAUUGCCUUAUUUAUAUUCCCAAAAUCAUUAGAAACCGCAUGGAGAUUAUUAAAAAAGAGAGGCUACGUUACAAAUAUCAAAGGAUGGGAAUUGUUCCUGUUCGGUCUUGCUAUGGGAAUUAUUAAUUAUUUCUAUCAUUAUGACGUAACAUUGAUAAUACAUAUUAGGAUGCAGCAAUUAAAUCAACAUACUUAACUAUAUUCAAAAAUUUUUGGGGAAAAGAUUGA